GAAAUCUCUGCAGGCUGCUCCGCUUCCUGGUUAGCUGGCCUGCUGCACAGGGGCAGCGCCUGCCGCUGGGGAUGCAGGUGAGGCUCCGGCCGGCAGCCAAGGAAAAGCCUUUCGGAGCCUGAGGAAAAACCUGUUUCUCCUGCGCCUGCCGGAGGAUGAUGGCGUACCGAGACCUGGUGAGAAGCUGGCACGAAGGCGUGCUGGCGGCCGAUAAUAAAGAUUGGGACGCGGCCUUGAAAGCCUUCUCCGGUAUUGAGGACCCUCCUUCUAGGAUUUAUUUCAACAUAGGCUGCGUGCACCUUAUAACAGGGGACUUGGAGCAGGCUCUGCAGGCAUUCGAUCAAACAGUUACCAAGGACAACUCUCUAGCUGUUGGCUUCUUUCAGAGAGGGUUUGUCCGACUGCAGUUAGAAAUGUACGAAGAAGCUCUCUGUGACUAUCGGAUGGCCUUCACUCAUCUAAGAAACAAUCCGUUCAUCGAUUACAAGCAGUUGGGGCUGAGACACAUACUCAAUGCAUGGGAGGUUCUGUACAGCACUGCAGCAGCGCAGUGCCGGCUGAGGCAGUGGCAGGAAGCUAGAGUUACCUUAGAAAAGGCUGUUGUGUGGAGACCUGAAGGAAGAACAGCAAUCCUGGACCUGGCCCUUGAGCAGGUGCAGGAGCACCUGUUUUUAGAGGCGAUGCAGGUUCCCCUUGGGGAAUUUUUCAGACCACGAAAGAAGGAAGUUGAAGAGCUGGAUUCAAAAGAUUUCCUGGGUAAACCCAAGGUGAUCUCCUCCAUCAUUCCCAAUGAUGAAUACAUUGGCUUCGAGCCUCUUAGGCCUCAGAAACAGGGCUUUUAUGAACCCAGUGCUGAUGCUCUGCGAGACCAUGAAUCAGGCUACUAUCGAGUUUUAUCCCAUUACUACCCUGAGGACUCAGAAAAGUUGGCAGUGAAAGCCAACAGUUUGGUCUUUGUGCUGACUAGAGGAGCAGAUGGCUGGGCUACAGCUAUACAUGAUGGACAGAAGCUGCAUAUACCAACUUCUCUCUUGGAGCCUGCUCCUGCCUCAAAGAUGGAUAAAUGGAAGAUCAGCAAUGGGAUUCCCCUCCCUCCUGCCAAGGUGCCUCCUAGCCGACUCCAUGUGAAACAAAAGCCAGAAUCUCCUGAAGGAGAAAAUGCCUCUGCAAAUGAUGAUGGUUCCCAAAUGGACUUUAAGAUCCCACUGGCACAAAAAGAAGCUUUAUCCGGCACAGACAGACCCGUUGUACUGAGAGUUCACUGUGACUGUACCAUAGCAGUGAGAGCAGGUGAAGUGCCAUCUCUGCCAGACCUGCGGGCUAUGCUGAGGGAGAAGUUCAGCCAGCAAGCAGAGCAAGGGAAGUUGAGUUACAGGCAUUCGGACAGCAAAGAACUGGUUGCAGUUUUGGGAGAGGAAGACCUGGGGAAGAUGUGGCAACAGUUGGCAGACAGCAGACUGACACUCUGGUGCGAGGGCUCAGAUUCCCACUCCGGCAGACCGGUCCUCUACAGGAUGCUGGCUCAGCAUGGUUACCUUGCUCAGGGGCCAGGGGACCUGGAGUUCAGCAAAGGAGACAUACUGGACAUUCUUUCUGAAGUGAACGAGGACUGGCUUGAAGGACACUGCAAUGGCAAGACUGGCAUCUUCCCCAAAUGCUUUGCAACUCAGUCUGGUUGUGGUGCUACGUUUUUAUAGGCAACAGGGACCUGUUCUUGCCAGACUACACAAAGAGCCCACUGCCACCAGUCCUGCCUCCCAUGGAUCAGAGACACUAGUGCCAGCUCAUUCUGGCCACAGCCAGCCCAGCAAGGUGCUCUAACAAAGCUGGCAGCACUGAACAGGAGAUGACCCGCAGCUAUGGAUCCCAUAGGGUCAAUUCCAGCAGUCUGGCAACAUUUUCUACCGGCUGUUCCAAAACUUCACAUUUUUGCCUCUGUUCUCACAGUGCCAAAGAUAUGUUUGUAUGGGGCAGGGAGAAGAGUGAAGGAUUUUGUAUUUGGCUACAGGAAAUUCCCAUGCAGCAAUCAGAGGAGCCCACCUUCAGGAGCUCAGACUAAUGGGUGGGAAGAGGUUCCUCUAAAUGGAGGAGGUUACCACUUCUUCCUCUGCUGCUCAAGUUCAGGCUGGGGAGGCUGAGCAUCGGUCUGAUGAGGCUCAGCACAGCCAUCUGUGAGCAGGAGGCAGACCCAGUUCCCUGUGCCAUAUAUUCUUAUUUGCACUGGAGAGCAAGCUGCUGCUCUCUUUUGAAAGCCUUCUGUAACCAGUUUGUAGUGGAGUAUAUGGGGUGACAUCAGAGGUUAGGCCCACCAGGUAUCAUCUCCAUGUAUCAUCACAGCAAAUACCCUGUGGAUCUGCAAGAGGGCAAAGGGCACUUGGCACUUCUGUGCCCGGAGGCCCUUGGUUCUUUUUUGAAGUCCUUGAAAGUCCUAUCCGGAUUUUACUGCCCCAUCUUGUGUGAGCAGCAGUCUUGCAGCAUCCAGAAGAGGAAGCUGUGGAAACAGCCCUGCUCCCUGUGAGCUCUGGCUCUGGGCUCUGGCAGAGGCAGUCUCUUGGAGGGGCUGGGGAGAAAUGAUUGUCUGGUUCCUCCAGCUGAGCUGUGCUGGGUUGUGCUGUUUUAAAUAAAAUACUCAAGUGCCUGGAGCUGGAACCUGCUAUGGAUUUAGUGUCUGACUAAGCUGGGCUGUUUAACCUGAAUAUAAAAUAAACCCUGGACCAGUG